GUAUGGGCUAGAACCAAUCUGGUGGGAUGCGGCUAUGCGCAGUGUCGCGACGUUUUGGGUGUUGAAGGUCGAGGACACCGACACGUUUUUGUUUGUCACUAUAAUCCACAGGGAAACACCGUUUUCGUUACCGGAAGCGGUCAAUUUUUCUCGGUACCAGCUUUCAAAUGGGCCGUUGACGACGAGAAACGAUGUAGCGAAUGCCCACCGGAAGCAUCCGCAUGCUACAAGGGACUUUGCUAUGCACCUUCGGCAGCUGAGGACGACUCAAGAAAUGAGCUGCUGAAAAUGAAACAGUGGAAAAUCGAGAAAUCAGUUGAUUCGAAGAUGAUCGAAAAAAAUUGGCGACGACUUUAA